AUGAAAUCCCUUACAAAACUAGAAGCUACUGCUGAGUUUAGUGCUCCGGAGAUCUUACUUGGAUCACGAGAGUACGAUACAGCCAUUGACAUGUGGUCAAUUGGCUGUAUUUUUGCUUUAAUGAUCAGCGGCGAAAAUCCAUUUAGCACUGUUGUUUCUAUGGCUGCGCAGUUGUUUCAAACCAAUCCUCAGUCAGGGCAUUCGAUGUCCACUUUUGUUCUAAACAAUAUAUUUAGGACUUUGGGCACACCGGAUGAGUCGAGUUGGGUAGGUGUUUCUGACCUCCCCAACUAUCCCAAAGGAGGAGAAGUCCAUAAAAUUGAUGAGUUGGAUGUUCCGACAAAAGUUGAGGAGGAAGGGAAGGACUUACUGAGGUACCUUGUAGUGGAACCUAAGAGGUUCUCCGGUGGGGAGGAAACUUUUGCGAUUGGACUGUCACUGCAAAAGGCGAGUUUCUCUGUUGUUGAAUUGACUACCUUAUAUUUUGAUGAUUGA